CCCAGAUUCCCUUCUUUCCCCUCGCGUCCCUCUCAAGUCGGUGAUGGCAACCAGCGCGCUGAGGGCCCAAGUUGCAAACAAGUGGCAAGAAGCGUUCAAUCGACUGAAUCGCUCGGAGGCUGGGAUCUCCGGCCUUCUUUCAUACACCCAGGCCUGGAAGACUGCCACCGACUAUCUAUAUCCUCGAGACAUAGACGAUCCAAAUGACGCGAGAGAUAUCAGUCCUGCAGACAUUAAGAACGCAUUCGACGUGAUAAACCAGAGUCGAAGGUUACCCAUAAUGUUGGAAACAUUUCUUGAGCAUAUCUGCCAACGAUUCUAUCUAGUUUCCAGGGAGGUGGACAAUUUUUUGUCGGAGUACGAGGACACCGAAGACACGGAUACAAUACUUCGAUUGGUCUUCCGUCUAGUGGACUGGUAUCGCGCAUGGAUUCCGAUCGACGAGCUUGGUCCUACAAUACAUAGCGCGUUUGUGCUUACUUUUCAAACUCAACUGUUCGCGGUCCUUCCGCCAAUCUUCGUGAGCGGCUUCAAAGCCCUUUGCGCAUCAAGUCUCGUGCCUGUCCCCAAGUCAGCCCCCAAGAUGUGGGAGGCAUUCGAGGUGCUGGGUUUGACGGAUCGGUACGAAGGCAUCAUCGCGAGUGUCGGAUACGAGCGGAUAGAGCAAUAUGUGCACGAAACCUGCACAGGUAAGUGGGAUACACCUUGUCUAGAGCCGCUGCGCGCGUGGAUGAGGGCCCACAUCGUGCCUUGGAUGUUGCCGAUGUAUGCGAAGGGGGCAGUCACAUCGGAAGACGCGAGAGGGAUGUUACAAAAUGUUGGGUCGCGUUUCGAUUUCCAUAUGAAUAAAACACUUUGCGAUCUACGAACCACUGAGAUAUUCGACAUCAUCAUCGACUUUCCGGACUCGAUGGGUGCGCUGCAAGACUUGAAGGAGUGUCUCCAGCGCGUGGAUCAGCGUGCAGCCCUCGUACAAGAACUAAGACGAUCAAAUCGAAAACGGCUCCUCCACCCAGGUGCAGACACCAAGCUCAUCCUCUCUCAAUAUGUCGCAACGAUCAAAUGUUUGCGGAUAAUAGACCCACCCGGGGUACUACUGUUCAAAGUCGCAGAUCCAAUCCGACGCUAUCUCAGAGAACGACCAGACACGAUUCGUAGCAUUGUGGCCAAUCUCGUCGGCGACGAUGACAGCGGAGAUUCGUUGGUGGAUGAGAACGAUCCUAUUGUGCCAUUGCAGACGCAAAUGGAGGACUUCAACGAUGCAAACUGGGAACCCGAACCCAUUGAUGCGGGACCUGACUUCAGAACAAACAAGCCGAAUGAUGUGCUCAGUACUCUUGUCAGCAUCUACGACUCGAAAGAUCUGUUCGUCAAGGAACUUCAGGUCCUGCUCGCGCAACGCUUGCUAGCAAUCAGAGAAGACUUCGACAAGGUUGAAAAGGAGCGCCGCAAUGUCGAGAUUCUCAAGAUCCGUUUCGGGGAGGCCGCCCUCCAAGUUUGCGAGGUCAUGCUGAGGGAUAUGACCGAUUCAAAGCGAAUAGACGGGCAUGUUCAAACUAAAAAUGCGGUGCGAUUUAUUCAAAAGAGAAAACCCGACUUUCCGUUUGCCCUGACGUCGAACAUUGUGUAGUCCAUUGUUCACCCGACAAUCAUUUCUCGGCACUUCUGGCCGUCUUUGGACUCGGCGGAAAUCGUGAUGCCAGGGCAAUUCCAAGCCUUACAGAAGCAGUAUUCCAAAGAUUUCUCGCUGUUCAAGCCAGACAAGAAACUGCAAUGGUUUCCGCACCUAGGCACGGUUGAUUUGGUCCUAGAAUUGCAGGAUCGCACUGUCACCAAGAGUGUUCCACCCCUUGAAGCUGCUUUCAUUGAACUGUUUUCUCAGAAGAAUGUCUGGACCAUGGACGAGCUGAUCCACGGUGUAGGCAAUGUUGAUAGAACAGCUGCACUGAAGGCGUUGAUCACUUGGAUUGAUGAAGGAGUUCUGAAAGAAGAUGAGGAAAACACUUUUAGAUUGCUGGAGAUCCAGGAGGAAGCAGGUCCAGCCCGUUCAGCUUUGGUGGUAGAGGAAGCACCAGCUAUGACUCCAGCCCAACAACAGCAAGCAGAAAAAAUGCGUGUUCAUUGGAAGUUCAUUGAAGGGAUGCUUACCAAUCUGGGUUCUCUUCCUUUGGAUCGGAUACAGCAAAUGCUCAAAUUUGUGCCUGGAUAUGACCAAAAUUCUGAGCAGCUUGCAGGCUUCAUGGAAGCUGCCCGUUGUGAGGGGCUUGUUGUUGGGCGAGAUGGAAUGUGGUCACUAAACAAAUGAAUUUGCAAGGUUUAGAUGUUAAUGUACUACAAUUCUUAUUUCAUUGAUUCU